GGCGGCCGCCUCGGGAUGGUGCUCCUGCCCCUGUGGCUAGUGGCAGCCGCGCUCCUGGGGGCCCGCGCUGCGCCCGGCCGGCAGGCUGGUAAAGAACAGCAGAUCCAAAGAGAGCUGCGGCGGAGCAGAGCCCGGCCCUACGGCUUGGUGAUUCCCAUCAGCACGGCGGCCGAUGGCAGCUUCGUGUCCAACGUGCUGUCGGCCGGCCGCCAGCGGCGCUGGGCGCGCGAGGCGCCGCACGGCCCCCGCCUGCUCUACUUCAACGUCAGCGCCUUCGGCAGGGACUUCCACCUCCGCCUGAGGCCCAACGCCCGCCUGCUGGCUCCCGGCGCCGUGGUGGAGUGGUACGAGGACUCUGCGGAGGCCGGCGGCCAUGCUGGGAACGCCACUGGGAGCGGGAGCGCCGCGGAGCGCUUGUGGAAGAGAGAGCCCCUGUGGAGCGACUGUGCCUACGUGGGGGACAUCACGGACAUCCCCGGAGCUGCCGUGGCCAUCAGCAACUGUGACGGGCUGGCUGGAAUGAUAAGAACUGAUGAGGAUGAAUACUUCAUUGAGCCUUUGGAGAGAGGGAAGCAGAUGGAAGAGGAGAAGGGAAGAAUCCACAUGGUGUACAGGCGCUCGGCGGUAGCGCAGCAUCCCCCCGACGUGCUCCCCGAUGUGCACACAGGAGAGUCCCUCCUGGCUGGCCUGGGAGCGCUGAGUUCCCUGCACGGCCGCAUGGAGCAGCAGCUGAACGAGAGCCUGCGGCGCCGCCGCCACGCGGGAGACAACGACCACAACAUCGAGGUGCUGCUGGGGGUGGACGACUCUGUGGUGCGAUUCCACGGCAAGGAGCACGUCCAGAACUACCUCCUCACCCUCAUGAACAUCGUGAACGAAAUUUACCACGACGAGUCCCUGGGUGUUCACAUCAACGUCGUGCUGGUCCGAAUGAUCAUGUUGGGGUACGCCAAGUCCAUCAGCCUGAUCGAAAGGGGGAACCCCUCGCGCAGCCUGGAGAACGUGUGCCGCUGGGCCUAUCAGCAGCAGAGGCCGGACCCCAGCCACGCCGAGCACCACGACCAUGCCAUCUUCUUAACCAGGCAAGAUUUUGGGCCCGCUGGUAUGCAAGGAUAUGCUCCUGUGACGGGCAUGUGCCACCCGGUCCGGAGCUGCACCCUCAACCAUGAGGACGGGUUUUCAUCAGCCUUUGUUGUUGCUCAUGAGACUGGGCACGUGCUGGGCAUGGAGCACGAUGGGCAAGGGAACAGAUGUGGGGACGAGACGGCGAUGGGCAGUGUCAUGGCCCCCUUGGUGCAGGCCGCCUUCCACCGCUACCACUGGUCCCGCUGCAGCGGCCAGGAGCUCAGGAGAUACAUCCACUCUUAUGACUGUCUUCUUGAUGACCCCUUUGAGCACGACUGGCCCAAGCUUCCUGAGCUGCCAGGCAUCAACUAUUCCAUGGAUGAGCAGUGCCGUUUCGACUUCGGCGUGGGCUACAGGAUGUGCACAGCUUUCCGAACCUUCGAUCCGUGCAAGCAGCUGUGGUGCAGCCAUCCCGAUAACCCCUACUUCUGCAAGACCAAGAAGGGACCUCCCCUCGAUGGCACGGAGUGUGCCCCAGGAAAAUGGUGCUACAAGGGCCACUGCAUGUGGAAGAACACCAACCAGCUGAAGCAGGAUGGACACUGGGGAGCCUGGACCAAGUUUGGCUCCUGCUCACGGACCUGUGGAACUGGGGUUCGCUUCCGCACGCGCCAGUGCAACAACCCAAUGCCCAUCAAUGGAGGUGAUGAUUGUGCCGGGGUGAAUUUUGAGUUCCAGCUGUGCAGCACUGAGGAGUGUCCGAAGCACUUUGAGGACUUCAGGGCACAGCAGUGCCAGCAGCGCAAUUCCCACUUCGAGUUCCAGGGCAGCCGACACCACUGGCUGCCCUACGAGCACCCCGACCCUCCCAAGAGAUGUCACCUGUACUGCCAGUCCCGAGAAACAGGGGAUGUGGCUCACAUGAAGCAGCCGGUGCACGACGGGACUCGCUGCUCCUACAGGGAUCCCUACAGCAUCUGUGUCCGUGGGGAAUGCGUGAAAGUGGGCUGUGACAAGGAGAUUGGCUCCAGCAAGGCUGAGGACCAGUGCGGGGUCUGCGGCGGGGACGACUCCCACUGCCGGACCGUGAAGGGCACCUACACCCGCACUCCCAAAAAGCUUGGGUACCUUAAGAUGUUUGAUAUCCCUCCCGGGGCUCGACAUGUGUUUAUCCAAGAAGACGAGGCCUCUCCUCACUUUCUGGCAAUCAAGAACCAGGCUACAGGACACUAUAUCCUGAAUGGCAAAGGGGAGGAGGCCAGGUCCCGAUCCUUCAUCGACCUGGGCGUGCAGUGGGAGUACAGCAUCGAGGACAACACGGAAACGCUGCACACGGACGGGCCCCUGCACGAUGCCGUGGUGGUGCUGAUCAUUCCUCGGGAGAAUGACACCAGAUCCAGCCUGACCUACAGAUACAUCAUCCACGAGGAUUCGGUGCCCACCAUCCACAGCAACAACGUGCUGCGGGAGGACACGGACACCUUCGAGUGGGCCUUGAAGAGCUGGUCCCAGUGCUCCAAACCCUGCGGGGGAGGGUUCCAGUACACCAAGUACGGGUGCCGCAGGAAGAGCGACAACAAGAUGGUUCAUCGCAGCUUCUGCGAAGGCAGCAAGAAGCCAAAGCCCAUCCGCAGGAUGUGCAACCUGCAGGAGUGCACAGAGCCCCUCUGGGCAGCAGAUGAGUGGGAGCACUGCACCAAGACGUGUGGGAAUUCUGGCUACCAGCUCCGCACGGUGCGCUGCAUCCAGCCCCUUGCGGACGGCACCAACCGCUCGGUCCAGGCCAAGUUCUGCAGCGGGGAUCGCCCCGAGAGCCGGCGCUCCUGCAACCGGGCACCCUGCCCCGCGCCCUGGAAAGCCGGGCCCUGGUCCCAGUGCUCGGUGACGUGCGGGGAGGGGACGGAGAGCCGGCAGGUGCUGUGCCGCGCCGGGGACCGCUGCGACGGGGAACGGCCAGAAUCCGUGAGGCCUUGCAAACUCGCUGCCUGUGAAGAUGAGCCCUGCCUGGGAGACAAGUCCAUCUUCUGCCAGAUGGAAGUGCUGGCCCGAUACUGCUCCAUCCCUGGCUACCACAAGCUGUGCUGCGAGUCGUGCAGCCGGCGAAGCAGCAGCUUCCCACCGCCCGGCGGGGCUGGCGCCGAGGGGGACGCAGCGCUGGAUGCGGGCGGCCUGCCCAGGGCUCCGACGGUGCCCACGCCUGCGGUGCCCGCCCGGGCGCAGCUGGUGCCCGGGAGCAGCUCUCCGAGCCGGCUGCCUUUGGAAGCGCAGCAGGCCGAGCGGCGCAGCCCGCCGUCCAGCCCCGAGCCCCGGGGCGCCAGCGUUCCGCACUGGAGAGCUCCCGCGGCCGGCAAGACUUCACGGCUGCUGGCUUCCCUGCGCCAGCCCCCUGCCAACAGCAGCAGCCUCAGCUCGGGUAGCGCCCCGGCCCUGCCCCCGGUGCCAGCGGGGGCCCCUGCACCAGCCAGGACCUCCGGGAAGGGCGAGGGGCGCCCAGGGAAGCGAUGGCCUCCCAGGGCCGCCCCUGUGGAACGAUGAGCGGGAAGGCCUGUGCAGGACAGCCGUGGAAAGGGGCUGCUUGGCACUCUGUGUGACUCCCUGACCUCUGGAUGCUGCAGAGCGCGCUGCGUGCCCCGGGCAGGGCACUGCGGGGCACGGGUCGUCCCCUGUAAAUACAAAGGACAAGAAGUGCUGGUUCACUUUCUGGUGCUCCCGGCCACCUCCCACCCCUCCUUCCCUGGCCGGCUGGAACACGCAGAGGAGAUUCUAAAGGAACCUUCCUGGCAGUGAGUGGGAGUUGCUGAGGGCUCCAUCCAGCUCUGGGCCCAAAAGUUAGCCCUAACCGCAGCAGCCCUGUGCUUCUGGGCUCUGAACACCCCCAUGGUAGGAAAUGCCCCACUGCAGGCAGCACCAGCCAUGGACACUCGGUGAAACACAGACCGAAUGAACCCUCAGGACUCGUGUCUCCCUGGAAACAGAUGUCGUUGCAGGAGCACCGCUGCAGCUGUUGGCUAAAUGCAGGAAAGCAGCAUUAUUGUGAGAGUUCUGUGCUGUCCCACGACUCUUUUCCUGUGUCGUUCCAGUGCCAGGUGCUGGCCAUCAAGUUCUGCCCUAUGAGCAUUCCAAAGGCUGGUGUUUAAAGCAGUUUCAAGGUGGAUUUCAAGGUGUGAGAGAUAUUUAUAUUUCCAGCAUGGAUCAGCUCCAGACCUCCCUGCCCACGGCGCAUCUGACUGCAAUAAAUAAUUUAUGUCCACCCCCACCUUGUCCCAGCCCAGCCGGCCACGCUGUCCCUGGCACGGCGCUGUAAAGUACUUGUGUAUAGGAGUGAGAACUGCAGAUAUUUAUUAAAAAUGGGUUUCUUGACAGUAGUUUGUGUACGAAAUAUUUACACUGAGGGCAGGUGACUCUUCCUUUUGCCAAGAUCAGAUCAGGAGAUGGAAUUAGAUGCUGUGUCAUAUGGAUAUUGAAGCUGCUCCACUGCUGAUCUUAUUCUUUAAAAAAGGUUUUUUAUCACAGGUCUCUCCUGUCUCUCAGUGGCCAUCGAGGUCUCAUGUGCAAUUGCUGCUCCCCUGUAAGAAGUGCCCAGGAUGGAGCCAUUUAAAGCUGUGAGGGGAUCUGGCCCCAAAGAUCCAAUUCUGGCAACAUCCUGGGGCCCUGUGGGGUCCCUGGGGGAAAUAAGGGUGGCACUGGCCAGCAGCAGAGGCUUCGGGCGUGACAAUAAAACAAACCUUGGGCAUCCCCAGGCUUUCCCUGCUUUCACUCACGUGGCAGCAUCUGGUUUUGGCAUUUCUGUUUCGUCUUCUUUUAGCCAUUUCCAUCCCGGGCAGGACCUUCCCCGACUGGAAAUAAAGACUAAAUAUUUUAACGGGA